GUUUUACACUAUGUUCCGGGAAUAGAACUACAUCUCCCGGCAGCCUCUGCGACCUUGGUUUUGUCUUUGUGGAUUCCUGUGUAUGGGAGUGAGUGACUGUAACUGCACAGAGGAGGGCAGUCUGGGUAUGUUAAUAUUUAUAGUUUAAUUAUAUGGAGUGAGCAGCACUGGGAUUCAUGGGUUCUCUUAUCAUAUAUACUGCUGGACUAAUCACUCAUUUAGAUUAACAACAGAUUAUAGUAUAGCAUGAACAAUGUAUACACCGACAGGGAUAUUCACUAAUAUGUACUGUGUCUGGCAGUGUGUGUAUCUCUGUGUGUGCCUGGCAGUGUGUGUGUGUCUGGGAGUAUGUAUCUCUGUGUGUGUCUGGGAGUGUGUGUGUCUGGGAGUGUGUAUCUGUGUGUGUGUCUGGCAGUGUCUAUCUCUGUGUGUGUCUGGCAGUGUGUGUGUGUGUGUCUGGCAGUGUGUGUGUGUGUGUCUGGCAGUGUGUGUGUGUGUGUGUGUGUGUCUGGCAGUGUGUAUCUCUGUGUGUGUCUGGCAGUGUGUGUGUGUGUGUGUCUGGCAGUGUGUGUGUGUGUGUGUCUGGCAGUGUGUGUGUGUGUGUGUGUCUGGCAGUGUGUAUCUCUGUGUGUGUCUGGCAGUGUGUAUCUCUGUGUGUGCCUGGGAGUGUGUAUCUCUGUGUGUGUCUGGGAGUGUGUGUGUGUUGUACCUGUGUCUGGCAGUGUGUGUGUGUGUGUGUGUGUGUGGCAGUGUGUAUCUCUGUGUGUGUGUGUGUGUGUUCCUGGGAGUGUGUAUCUCUGUGUGUGUGUGUGUGUGUGUGUGUUCCUGGGAGUGUGUAUCUCUGUGUGUGUUUCUGGGAGUGUGUAUCUCUGUGUGUGUGUGUGUGUGUUCCUGGGAGUGUGUAUCUCUGUGUGUGUUUCUGGGAGUGUGUAUCUCUGUGUGUGUCUGGCAGUGUGUGUGUGUUCCUGGGAGUGUGUAUCUCUGUGUGUGUGUGCCUGGGAGUGUGUAUCUCUGUGUGUGUGUGUGUUCCUAGGAGUGUGUAUCUCUGUGUGUGUCUGGCAGUGUGUGUGUGUGUGUUCCUGGGAGUGUGUAUCUCUGUGUGUGUUCCUGGGAGUGUGUAUCUCUGUGUGUGUGUGCCUGGGAGUGUGUAUCUCUGUACUGUGUCUGGCAGUGUGUGUGUGUGUGUGUGUGUGGGAGUUUGUGUUCCUGGGAGUGUGCAUCUGUGUGUGUGUAUGGCAGUGUAUAUUUGUGUAUGUGUGUCUGUGUCUGGCAGUGUAUAUUUGUGUGUGUGUGUGUCUGGCAGUGUGUAUUUGUGUGUGUAUAUUUCUGUGUGUCAGGCAGUGUGCAUCUGUGUGUGUGUUUUUUGUCUGUGUGUGUUUCAGUGUGCAUCUGUGUGUGUGUGCCUGGCAGUGUGCAUCUGGGUUUGGGUGUGUGUGUCUGGCAAUGUGCAUGUGUGUGUAUGUGUGUCUGGCAGUGUUUACCUGUGUGUGCAUCAGUAUUAAUGUGUGCAUGGCAGUGUGUUUAUAGCAGUUUGUGGCCAAUGGUUUUGUAAAUGGUCUCAUGAGGGCCCUCAACACCCUCUGUUCCUGGGUGUCCAACUCAUCUUAUCACAAAUACUUGUUUGUUAGUCUACUUAUUGUACAGCGCUGUGGAAUUUGUUGGUGCUUUAUUACAACAACUACUACUACUACUAAUAAUAAUUAAUGCUGAUGACAUCCUUGUGUACAAGUUGUGUGUUCAGGAAAAAUGAUGAAUCUGACAUUCCUGCUUUAUACUCAGAUUGUACACAGAGUGCAUUGCAUUCCUGCAGCCAAUCACUGGUUACCCCUAUCACACACACAUCAAAUUGUACAGUUAGUAAAGUCAUCAUGUAUUAAAAGGUUAGAGCUAAACUGUCACAUCUUGGAUAUUGCACAACCUGACGGCUACUAAAAUUAAAUUAUUUUCUUUUUAAUUAUGUUUUCUGUUUGCGGUCUUCCUGUAUGUUUAACCUCCAAGGUGAAAUUUUGCCCUUUUGCACAAAGAACAAUGUUUACCUUGAAGCGGUAAACACUCCUAUAGAGGCUGUUCUACUGAGCCACUUCUGCUGUACUAACCGGGUAAUAGUCGUUCAAGUGAUUUUGCAUUCUUAUGAGAUGCAUUGAAUGAACUUUUGCCGCGCAUGAGCAUCAUUUUCCUAUUGCUUCUCCAUAAGGAGCAUUGGAUUGGACCAUCGCUGGAGGAAACCAUGCCUCCUUGAUGACGCUGAGGUGGAGAGGCCGGCAGCGCCGAGGGAGUCUCUCUGAUGUAAAAAGAUUGCAAAAAUAUUUUUAUGGCAAACUGGGGCCCUGAAUACAAUUAGGAACAGGGGCACUAUAGCGUUAUGAAUACAGGUUUGUAUAGUGUUCCUUUAAUUCGUAACAUUCUUAUUUUUUUAAUUACAUUGUAAGUCUGGCUAGCUUUGGAUGAGUGCUGCUUUGCUUUUAACACAGGCGUAUCCAGUUAGUCCUUUAAUAGCAUUUAUUGGUAUGAGGGAUUGAGGUACUCUCUUUUACAGAGAGGUGGCAAUUCUGCGUUAAAGCGCCUCUGUCACCACUCCUGAAAAUUUGAGCAUUUCAUAAAGAUAACAUCUUUCUGAAACACUGUGGCUGUGUUGGAAUUUUACUGAAAGAUAUCAUAAGACAAAACGGGGAGUCCUUUGUCUCAUGUAUUUUCCCUCCGCUUGACAAAGGAGCUCCUUUUCGGUCUCUUGCUCAUGCACCAGAGUACAUCACUGAUAUGGCCUCCAGACAGAUGAAGAGCCAGGAGCUGAAGAAAGAAUAUGGAGGUGCCCGGGGAGUAUAACUCACCUGCACUGCACCCCUGGGGCACCACAUGCCAAGUGGUGAUGUCAUCAAAAUGCAAAGACCCAGAAGCUGACAGAGCCACUUUAAGGUGGUGGAAAUUGCACUCCAUUUUACUUUGGGGUCUUCUAUGAAACUGAGCGUCCCCCUCUGCAGCCCCGCAAUCUUGGUCCUUUAGCAAGACCAAUAGGAAGCAAAGUUAGGAUAAGAGAUUGACGGGACCAAGGGGCAUUGUAUACAACAGCAUCUCCAUUGUCCACCCUGUUACCCACCCUCAAGAAGUGCUCUAAUGACACUGGGCUUUUACCUAAAUGGACACUAUGGUCAUCAGAACAACUACAGCUUUUUCAGAGAAAAUGCAGUGUUUACAUUACAGCCUAGGGAUACCUCCACUGGCCACUCCUCAAAUGACUGCUAGAAGUGCUUCCUGGGGCAGUGCUGCACAGUGUGAGGUGGGAAGAGGUUAGAUAGUGAUUUUAACACUUUUGUGUUCCUGACCCUACAGUGUUUUUUUAAAUUAGGCUGACAAUUGAAUUUAGUUGUGUUGAGUUUACAACUAAUUUGUAAAACAUCAGCAUACCAAUAUUGGAGGAAAUCUCUAAAUCGACUGAGAUUUGGAUCACAGUUUAGCAAUGUUGUUUUUGUUGUGUUGAUUCCCUUCAUCCCCGCCACAGAAUAAGUGGAGAUGAUGGCAUUAGAGGUCUCCCUACAGCUGGAGAUAUUAUGAAUAGUCCCUUUGCUGAGAUAGAGAGUUGUAUCUAUGAAAUGAUCCCUGCAGAUCUGUUAGAUUAAUUCAGUAAUCGUCUAACAUUUUUUUUUACUGGAUUUACAGAAUUGAGGAAAAGCAAGACUAACGUUAUGAAAUUUAAAACAUUCAUAAAGGGAUUUCCUAAAUGCUUGUUGUUGUUUCAAAAUUCCGUCCGUCCAUUAAAAAAAGGUUUUGUGUGAUACUAUGAAACUUUUAAUUUUUUUAUUUUCAUCUGUGUCACUCAACAAAUACUCGUGAAAACUGCAGUUCUAGAUGAAUUUUGCUAGGUCUAUAAAAUGCAUGGAAAUUACUCUAUGCUAUCGGCAUAAAGCUCACUACAUAUUUAUUGAAUCCAACAGAUGUUCAACGUAUUCCUAAAAUAGCUUCUAUACUGUACCUACAAGAGAUGCAUUAUCCCAGCUAAUUUAAUAUAUUCCUGGCUAAUUGCAUGUUUGCGGAACCAUCUCACAUUCCCUUAAAAUAACUGAGCGCUGAGUGCAGAACGGUAAACAGCCCGGCUAAAAUUCAUCUUUUAUAUGAAAUGUUACAUGAUGAAUAAUUUAUUGGAUCCAAUUUAUUGUGGUUGUGUAAUAAAUGUUUUGGUAUAAUGGGACACUGUAUAGAAAGGUCAGACAGACCGUGCAAGUGUAGAUUAAUGCUCUCUGUGUGAAAUCAGCAAGGUGGUUGUUAUUGUGUUGUAUCAUUCCCCCGACUUGAUGAAUACUGCCCUGGUGUUUGGGCUUUGCCAAUUAAAGGCGCUCAAAAAAACAUUAGGGUCUGUUCCUUUCACUUGGUUUGAAAGUAUUGAAGAGUUCCACUCAUCAUCUGACAUGACAAAUCCCAUUUACCCCUGCUGGGCCGGGCUUUGUGCUAUAAGAAGAAAACCCACUGACUAGCGAGCGACUUCUAAUUGGUGGAGCCUCUUCCUGGUCUUGGAGGCGUCUACUUAGCAGAAAAAUCACACAGCUUUUGAAAGUACAUCCCUGACACCUUAAGCACUUUAAUUUGCAGAAAAGCUUCAUGUUUGAAUAGUGCAGGCUUUUGCAGGGUCUAGCAAGCUAUUAACAUAGCCGGGGAUAAGAAAAUCUUAAUUAAACAGAACUUGCAAUAAAGAGCCUAAAUAGGGCUCUCUUUACAGGAAGUGUUUAUGGAAGGCUGUGCAAGUCACAUGCAGGGAGGUGUGACUAGGGUUCAUAAACAAAGGGAUUUAACUCCUAAAUGGCAGAGGAUUGAGCAGUGAGGCUGCAGGGGCAUGUUCUAUACACCAGAACUGCUUCAUUAAGCUAAAGUUGUUCAGGUGACUAUAGUGUCCUUUUAACCUUGUUACACCCCACUGGCUGUUACUCAGACACCUGGUCUUGUUACUUCCUGGUUUGUUUAGCUCAGUGGAGAUAAACUCAAGAGGCAAAAAUUGCCCAGAGAGCCUGUCAUGCAAAUGCUUCUCAUUGAGCUGUACUGGAAAGCCUGUGAUUGGACAGCCACAGAAAGUGUAGGCGGGGUUAGUAGGGGGGGACUUGCAAAGGCUGCAGUCAAGAGUUCGGUAGUUUUUGCAAGCUGUUUUAGAUAUACCCCGAUUGAAAAAAAAAAAUGCACAAUUAAAUGCAUGCAUUUUUUUUAUUUGGGUUAUAUCAACUAAACAAUGAUUUCAUUUUUUAUUUUUAUUUUUUGGUAUCUAGGUAGUGGAGUAUUUCUUCAAGUUGAGUAUCUUUUUUUGUUUUGUAUAUUUUUUUUAAUAUAAUAUCUACAUAAUGCUUUAGAAAUAGCAAACACGUUGGGCCCUAGAGUAUCCCUUUAAUAACAUAUUGUAUUCAUGCUUAUAGGGAACCUUUAGCAACCUCAGCAGUUCUUUAUCAACUUAACAUUGAAUACAUUUUGGCACCCUCCCCAGAUGUUUUAUGGCUAAACCUCUCAAUAUUAUUUUCUCAACCCAUGGGCGGCUAUUUCUGUAGAGCUCAUAGAGAAGUGGACAGAGGGAUUUGGGCCCAAGAAAUAGGGACUUCCCCUUCUCAAUAGGGACACUUGGGGAGUGGAGUAGGGACGGUACAAGGCAUGUCAAGUUUAACAUUUAAAUAUACAAAAAUACAAAAAAAAAUUGUUCUUAAUCAAUAUAGGUGUCAAUUUAAUAUUUUUGGAUGAGUUUGUUUUUUUUCAAAUGAUUCAAUAUUCUUGAAUAAACUUUUCAAAAUAUUAACAUAAUAAUAACAAUAAUAUAUAAUAUUUAUAUAUGUAUAAAAUAUUAUUUUUAAAUAUUAUUAUGAUGUUAAUAUUUUGAGAAAAAUAUUUUAAAAACAUUAAAAUAUUAAAAUAUUACACUAUUUAAAAAAAAUAUUUAUCCAAAAUGUUAUCUAAAAAUAUUAAAUCAUUUAUAAAGCUUAUCGAAAAUAAAUUAAACCGAGGCCAUAUUUUGGUGCUUAGAUAAUGUUUGAAUCAAGAUCCCAAUGUUCACUGUGUAAUGUGAGAGCAAUAUGUUUAUUUGCUAAGCUACAAGUCACAUCUUGCUCAGACAGCCAAAACACAUAUACUAUUUUAACUCACUGUGCUUGUAAUGGUGGAGGCUGAUUAUACUUUUUGCAGACAUGUUGGUUUUAUGAGACAAAAUAAUAUGGGAUGCUAUUUUUUUUUUUUUUUAGAGUUUCUUCUUAAAGUGGUUGUAUAAUUAAAUAAUGGAAUAUGAAAAUGUGCAAAAUUCUUUGAAAAGCAAAAGGUAAUUUAACACAGAUUACCCAGCAUAUAACUUGUUGACUCAGUAUGAUGGCAAUUGCAGUCUUAUCUGCACCUAGAUGGCUAGAGGUUCCCAAUGAUGAUGAAUGACUGUUUAAUUAUUUAUUUUUUAUACGAAACUAAAAUGUUAUUUUUCAUAUGUCAUUGUACAGCGCUACGGAAUUUGUUGGCGCUAUAUAAAUAAUAAAAUAAUAAUAAUAUGUCAUAUCUGGGCAUAUUUUUUCAUUCAAUCUCUCAGUUGCAAUUCUUUAUAGUAUUCUGCAAUAUUUGAUACAUGUGAGUCUGCAAUGAAUAAAGGAAUUCUGAAAUAUGGGGUUUCGUUAUGCAAUAAACUAGAUUUAAAUGUGUUUAUACCAUGCUUCCAUUAGAUUUUGGGUAGGGGUGAAUCUGUUCAAUAUAUUAAAAUGUAAAAAAAAAAUUUUUUUUACGACCUACGAAAUGUAGUUUGAACAUACCUCUAGCGUCCCAGGUGGUUUAUUCACUAAACCCCAAAUUCUCAUUUCAGAAUUUAGAAAACCAAUGGUUAUAACUGUAGGCGACUUUUGAAUUUGUUAUCAAAUCAUCUAUUGUUGUUUACAUUUUAAACAUCAAAAAAUGUAAUUUGCUACAAUUCUGUUUUUAGUGUGUAAACUUUACAAUCCAGCAUUGAGUAGGAAUAGGUUAGUAGAUUAUUAUCGCCAUUUAUAUAGCACCAACAGAUUCCAUAGCGCUUUACAAUAUUAUUAGAGGGGGGAUUAGGUACUGAAUUAUAUCUAAAAAAAAAAAUAAAAAAAAAAAAAGUAAAUUAAAAUGACUUUUAGAAUUAUACCUUAAAGGAAUGGACGUACCUGUAGUAUGUGAAUGAGCCCAAUUCAAUGCGUUCCUCCCUUGCAGUGCUAUUUUAGGGAAGGUAGCUUGUGUGUCGCUGAAACUACGUUGGUAACAAUCACCAGAUGUGACACUAACCUCAGACUGAUGUGGGAAAUUGUCUGUGACGUUUUUUUUUUCUUCAAAACUUCGGUUGAAACUUUCUAAGUUGUUUAAGGUUUUGUAGGACCAGUCUGAAGCCGAGUUUCACUUCUUAACAACGGCUGUAAUUGUUUUUAAAUUUUAUCUCUUUUGAGCCUAUUGGCUGAUUUUAAAUUUACCUUCAGGAAAAGUUUACAUGUAAGAGUUUUACUCAAUAAACCCCACAUUGUGGAGAAUUCAGAACACAGGUCUAUUUCAAAUUUUGAUCUGACAGCAGGCAAGCAGAAAAAAAACAUGUGAAUUUCGAUACAUUUUUUUUAGUCUGAUAUUUUGGAUUAAAAAUUGCAAUUUUCCACAAUUCAGUUUAGUUAAUAAACAACCUUAGUGUUUUGGUUAUUAAAUCAGUGCAAUGUCCUGGAGAUUUUACAAUUAUUGAUAAGAAACAAUUUGUUUUCUUCCAACUCCGCGUUUUUUGCUGGCUAUAUUUUGUCAUUUCUUUUCUGUUUUGCCAAUUAACCAUAUGUCAUUAUAUAUUUGUGUUAUUUUCCAUAAAUAAUGUGCUAACUUCAUAACCGCUUCUAUCACAAGUGAGAAGACAAUGAAAGGGGAGGAAUAAUUAUGAAAAUAAUUCCAACAUGGCUCCUCCAGUAGUAUGUAAAAAGCUUGUGCAAAAGUGCAGAUACUCUUUAAGAAUUUGUUAGAAUCCUAUGGAUCUUGAAAGACCAACUAUCCUUCUGGUAAUACAUACGUUCUAACAAGGUAUGACUGGGGGUGGGGGUCUGGCCAGUGACACAAUGCGUAUCACUGGUGAGACUAUAUUGCUUGUGCCCACCCAUAAAGACAGUGUGUCAGUUUGACCGACACAGGGCCCAAAGCGCACGGUUGAGUACUUUCACUCGGACUAAGUGCACUCUAGUAGAGUACAUGUUUUCGGAAGGAAUAUGCUCUCUGGUGUACACAAUGCCGACCAUAUUUAAAAUCUUUUACAGGGUGGGCCAAAAUUCCAAGUAGGUUUUAAGGAGUCAAUAACUUUUUUUUAUUAAUGAACUAAUUUCGAUGUUAUUAGAUACAAUAAAUACUUGACGUGUGGAGAUUUAUUUGAAUUCCCUGCAAUUCUCACUUUAGUAAAUUUUGAAUUUAAAGGACCACUAUAGGCACCCAGACCACUUCAGCCCAAUUAAGUGGUCUGUGUGCCAGGUCCCUCUAGUUUAAACCCUGCAGCUGAAAACAUAGCAGUUUCAGAGAAACUGCUAUGCUUCACUGAGGGUUAAUCCAGCCUCUAGUGGCUGUCUCCCUGAUAGCCGUUAGAGGCACUUCCGCAAUUCUCACUGUGAAAAUCACAGCGAGGAGACGCUGAACGUCCAUAGGAAAGCAUUGAGUAAUGCUUUCAUAUAGGCUGUUUGAAUGCGCCUGCGACAGGAGGAGAGUUUCCCAGCACAGAGGGAGCCCAGCGCUGGAGAAAGGUAAGUGGCUGAAGGGGUUUUAACCCAUUCAGCCCAGCGGGAGUGGGACCCUGAGGGUGGGGGGGACCUAAUGACCCUAUAGUGCCAGGAAAACUAGUUUGUUUUCCUGGCACUAUAGUGGUCCUUUAAGGACAAAAUAGCCAAAAAUAAAACAGAAUUUCCAAUUCAGCUAUUUUGACUUAAUUCCUGACCAUUCUCACUUUAGUGAAAUAUUCCUGGUCUGCAUUAAUUAAUAUUUGGGUAUCAAUAACUUGACUGGAUACUUGUUUGCAACAGUGAUACAUCUCUAGAUCACAAACGCAUCAGAUUUGUAAUCUGAAGACAAGAAAAUAAAAGCAAACGACAUUGUUUCCUUUUAAAAACCACCACAAUUUGCAUAUAAACCACCAAAAUAUUGUGGUUAGUAAAGUCUGCCUGCUGGAUCCCAUGAGAGCAUUUUUAACCUUUUAUACUGAUCUGAAAUUAAUUUAAACCGCACGAUUAAGAUGCUGGAGAUUAAUUGACAAGAAUAUAGAGAUUGUCAUAUUUCCAUGAAAUAAAACCACAAGCCUGGAUUAAAAUCCCCCUCCCCCCCACCCCCCAAAUUUUAUUUUUUACAUGUCUGUUUUAAUUCUCUAGAAUUUAAAGGGCCUCUCAAAGUCUUAGAACACUUACUAUUCAUGUAGUGGUUAUGGUGCUGUAAGUCUAUGUGUGCACCCCGCCAUUUGUUGGCAAACUAGUGUGAUUAAACAAAAAAAUCACCCAUAGCCUGCCCCCUAUCUCCUGAAACUGGAUCUACACUUUUCUUUUACAAAGGGUGAUUCUGUCCACCCAGGACAGCAAUGAAAGACUGGGAGCAAUGGGAUACAACAUAUUGUUCAACCGUGAAAAGGAGUCUCAUCUCGUUUGCCUAAAUUUGUUAUCACCGACUUGCCUUUCUAUACAGCUCUAUAAUGUGAUAAUAUGGUAUGUUAAUUCUAAUAAACUUAAAGGGAAACUAUAGUGGUAGAAAACUACAGUAAAAUAGACAUCAGCUUCAAAAGUGGUCACUUGUUUAGUCUGAGACAAAACUUAAAGAAACACACCGGGCAUCUAUGCAAGUUAUACUGCUUGUGCAGCUUACGGUGCAAUAAAAAUCUUUCAUUCUUGUUGCGCGUUUUUGAAUUAGUUCCAUUUCCAUUUUCAGAAGAAUGGAUCUCUUUCCGAGUACUGUACUCCAUAUUCCAGGGUCUAAUUGAAAAUAUUGUGCAGGAUCUACUGACUAUUAAUUCUCUUUAUGUAUUUUGCCUGCUUAUUUUAUAUAAUACACCAUUUAUAUGUAUUUAAAAUAAAUUAAAAUGUAUUUAUUUCUUUGGUCCUCAUGUUGCGUUUGAAAUAUUUUUUUUCUAUUUUUAAAAGUACAUUUUAUAUAUAUUUAUAUUUUAGAGUGUUGCUGCUUUUUUGUUAUAGUUGUCAUGGCUGUUGAGACUGCUCAAACGUUGUGUUUUUUAAGCUUAUGUUUCUAUCGAGUAAAUUGCUGCUACAUUUUCUGAUGCUUUUUGUCAACUAUGAUGAAUGGAUACCUGGAUACAUUGCAUGAAAGCUGUGAGCUUCUUGUUUCAAUAAUCCGUUUCCUUCUUGCACUUCCAGGAGAAGACAGGGAAACAUGCCAAGUCAACAGGAUUUACACCCUCCCAAGUCAGAGGAAGAAUUGGCUCAAGAGAUCUUGCAUCGUUUUAUUAGUAUUCCAGAGCAGACAUACGAACAGUUUCUGGCAAGCUUUUCUCAUGCUCCUGCAGGUGUAGUGUAUUUAUGAUUACAUAAUUCUCAGCAUUUUGAAUAUCUAGAGCAGAGAGAGCCAAAUUGUCCCAGCUCAAGUAAACCUAAAACUGUCUUAAUUCUUUGGUAGCCUUGAGGAAAAACUGUAAAAACUGUAGCCUAAGCACAGAUACACAGUUCCUACUAAACGGUAGUAAAGAAAUUUAAGUGAUCCUUGGUCAGCAGUAACUCUUACCCGACCAAAUAUCACUGUGCUUUACCUCCAGCUCGUUCAAGGGUUAAACUCUACUGUACACGCCAAGCAAAAAAUGAGAGACAGAUGGGUAUGGGUUUCCCAAUGUGGGACUGUUUUUCCUAAACAGGGACACUAGGGUGGUAUGUGUGCAAUAUGUUUUCAAUCAUCUGCAAAUUAAAUUGAAUCCAAAAUAUAAAUAAAUAAAUAAAUAAACAUUUUUUUUUUUAAUUCUCCAAAAUGUUAUUUUAAAAUGCAAUCUAAGAUUUAAUUCAAUAUUUGUGAUAACUACAAACAAGCCAUGGUUUUCUGAGUCAAUAAAAAAAAAUUAUAUCCGGCUAAUAUUUUUCACACAUGCGCCUAAAGAUUAUAUAACGUAAAACCUAUUAAAGUAGUGCAUAUCAUUCUUGACAAUUAUGUAUUUAAUUACAUUUAAAAAGGAUUUAUUUAGGACUAUACACCAAUGGCCAAAGUACCAUUUGGACAGAUUGCAAAGCAUACUGGGAGGGCCCUUUGUGUGUUAUAAUAAAUCUCUAAACGGAUCCAGAUCUUUUAAUUUCCCAAUGACCUGUCUGAACAGUAUAAUACACUCUGUAAAACAGCCCUCUUAAUGUACCGGUACUUUGUUUUAUAUAAUGGAUAUGCAUUAACUUGUAAUAUGUUAUUUAAUGUUUUGGUUCCAUAUGUUCUGUUCUCCUUGUUCACAGUGUAACAUUAUUUUAUCUAACUUGUCCCUCUAUAAAUGACAACAUAGAAAAAAUAGCAUAAAGCAAACAUUUAUUUUCUGCUACUAUAGUAACAAAGGCAUUCUGAGUUUCACAGUUCUUUCUUUGUAUCACGAUUCCAGAAUAGAAUUUAUCAGCCCUGUUGAAAAUAUAAAUUGGGGAACUGGUUAUUCUUUAAUGUUCAGAAUCUGGAUUCCUGUAAUUCAUGAGAAUGGUUUUCUUAACGCUAUAUUCAUUUUUAAAAUGGUUUCAAAAUUGCUCUACUCUACAGAGGACCUUGCCCUGCACAUGGAAGUUAUUUUGAAUUAUAUUACAUUAAUAAUUAUCAUAAUAUUACAAAGUAUUUUUCUUGGAUGUAUAGCUAUAAAUGUGUCUGGUUCUUGAGUAUACAUGGGAGUAGAUGUUAUGACCUCUCUCAGUCAUACUCAUUUGGCCAACUUUGGAAACAAAAUCAAAAUUGAACUGGAGUGAUGAUACUUUUAGUUUGUCUUUUCAGAAUUUUUAGGUUGGCAUUAUAACAUACCUUUCGGCCAUCCUGGAUUUCAGCAGGAAAGUCCUAGUUCUAGACUUCCGUCCUAUUGUCCCCAAAACGCUUACGUGUCCCCAUUCUGGAAACCAUGGACAAGAUUUAAAAGAGUCGCUGACACUUUUAUGAGGAAUAUUUAGCACAAUUUAUUAAAUCUGUCUUUUUUUCUGUUGCUUCUUUUGCGCCCUAUUAGUUUUAAAUAUAUAUAUUUUUACCGGCAGUGCAACACAUUUAUUAAAUUUCCUAACAUUUUUAUUCUGUUUUACUCUUCUUUUUUUCUAAAUCUGGCGGUCUGCUGAAAUGAAAAUUUUAGCGUCAAACUGGAGAAAUUUCCUAUGAGGACAUUGUUUUUCACUUUUAACACACUUUAGUAAAUGCUAACAAACUAAUGACAGAAUUGUAACUUUUCAAAACACUUUCGGAGAUAUCCUUCUGGCAUUCCCACCUCCAGUCGUGAUCCCCCCCCCCCAGUGUUGUCAUGGUUGCUGUAGGCUCUCGUUUAGUGAUCUGACAAUAGUCCUACGGUGCAGAUAAAGAGAAUAAAAAGUUCAUAUUUUAAGGCUGAUCCAUGAAGUGUGCCGAUGGAUGUGUAGGGGCAGAGGAAAUGGAUGGCUGUGGGUUUUAUUGACUGCGAGCGCAGAAUCCCACCUGAAAAUAAAGAGAUGUUUUUAAUUCACAGAUCACUUGGCAACAUCUGCUGUUUCUAUUGCCGGCUUGUUGUUCUACUAGUCAUGCAGAAAAUAACAGGGCCGCUCACACUGGCCUAACCAGAAAAAACACCUUUUACAUUAUACUUGGAAAACAUAGGCGGGCAGCGAAAUACGCAGGAAAGCAGAUAACGAUCGUUACAAUUAAAUGAUACUUCUAAAGGGUCUUUGGGACAAACUUUACAAUCACAGACGAAGAGGACCUUUUAUUGCAUUAAUCCGUAGUGACAUUGUAAGUUAAAAACCUUAAGCAUUAUUGCCGUUUAAUUGUUAUAUAAUUAAAUUUAAUAGUACUGGUUAUUUAUUUAUUUAUUUAUAAAAUAUUUUACCAGGAUGGAUACUUUGAGAUUUCUCUCGUUUUCAAGUAUGUCAUGGGUCCACAAAACAUUGCAUUGUUACAAUAGGAUACAAUAUUACAAAAAUACAAUAUACAAGUAAUAUAUAACACAAGUAAUAUAUAUAUAUACAUAUACACAUAUAAAUGUAAUACAUAACAGGUUAUAAAUAUAUUCAACCAUGACAGGUGCAUUCUGUGCUGAGUUAUAUUACCAUAGAUCUCGUAAAAGAUUUUAGAUUGAAUGAAGAUUUGACUGUGUCCCUGAGGUUAUUCCAUAAUUGCGGUGCUCUGUAGGAAAAGGAGGAUUGGGCCACUUUAUUUUUGUAUUGCGGUAUGCUAAAUAUUGUGCUAGUACUGGAUUGGAGGUUAUAGGAGGUGGGAACAGCUGGGGAAAGCAUUCUACUCAGGUAGGAUGGGGGCUUCCCAGAAAUGCUCUUAUGCAAAAGGCUGGAAAGAUGAAGAGUGCGUCGGGAUUCCAGCGAUAGCCAGUUUAGCCCUUUUAACAUGUCACAGUGGUGGGUAAAGUAAUUACAUUCUAGUACAAAGCGGCAGAAUGAAUUAUAUAUCAUAUUACGUUUAUUAUGAUGGGUUUGCAUAAACGACACCCCCAUAAUCAGUGACCGGCAUUAGCAUUUGUUGCACUAUCUGUUUUCUUACUGUACGGCUUAGGCAGGAUUUGUUUCUGCACAGGGCACCUAGUUUUGGGUAAAGUUUUGAAGAGAUUUUUUUCAAUGUGAAGGCCAAACGAUAGAUUGGGGUCUAGCAACAUACCUAGAUAUUUAAAAGAACAUACUGCUGUCAGUGUGCUAUGUGAAUUUGUUCUGAUACACAGUUGUUGAUUUUGUAGUUUAUGUAAUUUAGGUACAGUUCCAAAGAUCAUUGUAACAGUUUUGUCAGUGUUUAGGAAGAGUUUAUCUGCUAUCAAGCUGCGGUAGCUUGGGUUAUAAUGGUUUACUAUGUAUACUUAAAAGCUAGUUUUGUCCAGUUUUUUUUAUUUAUUUUAAAAGGAAAUUAAAAAAAAAUAUAUAAAAUGGGAACCAGUCAAAAUGUCAGCCAGGUGAUUUGUGGGAAACAAAUGCCACUAAUUUGUAGCCUUGGCAACAGGAAUGCUUAGAUAGACUACAUUUCCCAUGAUGCUUGGACUGCCUCUAAUGGGAAAUUUACUUUCUAAGAGUUCGGGGCAGAUUAGCCAUCACUUUUCUACACGGAAGGGAUUGAUAAUAUUUAAGUAAAAAUUGUUAUCAAAAUAUAUAACUUGUUUUUGAAUUUUGUUUAAACUCUCUAGGUAGGAGAGCCAGAACUGUUUUACUUUGCGAUUCUCAUACCAUAGCAUAUAGUGAUGUCAUGUGUACAUGCGCAGUGCUGUCAUGAUCUGCAAUAGAGAAUCAUUGUAUUCAAUGCUCCCUAAAACUAAUCUAUUCAGGAGACAUGAAAACAGAUAUGUUCCUGACUCUACAGUGUCCCUUUAAUUGAUAAAAGUGCCAAUUUCUAAUAUAAUAAGGACACACUCUUCGGGUGUUUGGGUUCUUCCAUAUGCUUGUCAUUUAAAGGAAGAGUUCAUAGUAUUUUGUCUUGAAAAUAUAAUGGGCUCCCUUCCACGAUUGCCAUGAUUGAAUGGUACUCACAUUGCCUCCAUUGAUACCGAACAACUACUUAGCGUUUUCCAUUUUACAAAUUUGAUGCUCAUCAAGAAAAUCAAACAAACACUUUUCCAAUUAUUUUUCAUUGUAACUCCACCAUUACCAUAAAAAAGUCACAAAGCUCAUUCGGACUUCGCCUCUUUCUACACACCACACUUGCCCAAUUUCACAGCUAUUUAUUAAAAAAACAGCGUGUACCUUGCUUAUAGGUAGGAGUUAAUGCUUAAUUUUACUGAAAUAUCUGAUAAAUGUAUGUAUUAUUUUGGGAUGUGCUGAUAGUUUACAAUUCUCAAGUUCUCUUUUUUUUUUUGUCUAAAUAAGACAGGUGUAAUUUUUAGUCCGAUGGCAACAGGUAGUUAAGCGCUUUUUAGCUUUUAUAUUCUUCUUUUAAUCUCUAUGGGGGACACUAAAAUGUUCAACAGCCGCUGAUUGCCAGUCCUCAAACCAUAAGUUUUGUUUUAUCGCAACAGCCUGCAAUUGUGAAUGAUAAUGACUGCCAUUUUAGCAAUUACCGACUUCUUUAUAAGUGACUGCAGCAAUCGUGGGAAAAAGCUCAAAAUGGGAUGUGGGGGAGGGAAAAAAAGAAAGGGGUGUGGGGAUGAUCUGUCCUUCCUCCAGGAACCAAGAUCAAGAGUCAAGGCAUUACAACAAUAAAUUACCCAUAAACAAAAAUGUUUACAAUUUCUUUCCAGUCCUAAUUAGUUAUUAUAAUUAUCAGAUAUUUAGGGUACAUGGAUUAUGGCCCAUUUUGUCAGAUGAAGUGCAUGCUAUUUUUUUUGGAUCCCAAUCUACAUUUAAUGCUAGUCAGUUUGGCUUUCCUGUACCAUAGAAUGAAUCUCAAGAACACGGUGCAGUGACUUUUUCAGGUGAAAACUCUUAAAGUGGCAUUGCCAAUUUUGUUUUCUCUUUUGGUUUUCCUAACCUUAUGCCCCUUGUAUCUUAAUGAUUGUACUUCCCCUAUUGCCACUUGACUUUAUUUAUAUUUAUCUUCUUUUUUUCUUGUUCUGGAUCUUGAUACCUGUCAGGGCACCUCCAUUUUGUCCUCCUCUGUCCAUGAAUUCUGCAGAUUGCCAUCUGAGGUAUUCUAUUGUUUGAUGGAUUGUGGGUAACUGUGACAUCGCCGCUGGGGGUCCAGUAUCCGUGAAGCAGGUAACAGUGAGAAUACCGAUUGGCGUAAUGUUUUUCAUAUGGGGAAUCAUUGGAUUGGCCAAGAUAAUCAAGCUUGAUGAUCUCAGCCAUAAAGGCAUGGCCGCCUGCGAGAAGACCGGCAUGACGUGGGAAAAAAAGGUAAGUAAAAACACGAUUCCCAUGCGAUCGGAGGGGGGAUGGUCACCUAAACAUACACACUAUCUGACAGACAGACACAGACACACACAUACUCACAGACCCACACAUACUCACAGACACAGACAUACACACAGACACACACAUACUCACAGACAGGCAGACACACAGAUACCAUGACAGACACUCAUAAUCACACACAGACAGGCAGACCCACAAACACACAUUCACAAAUUAUUAUAGGUUAUAAUGCAAUUUUAAUUCUCCCAGCUUCCUCUUCUGCUCCCUUGUGUGGUGCUUAGUUAUGCCGGGGCAGAGGGACGUCAUAUUCCGACUCUGGCCUCACUAAGUGCCGCGUGAGGGAGCUUUCAGCCUGCUUACAGUACAUGCAGACGAUUGCCCGCAUUCCACUCUCUCCAGGCCGCCCGCCUCGUAUGGAACAGGCUCACAAAUCCCAGGGGUCUGGACAAAAUUCCUGGCCGCCAUGGCGACUUGGCGCCUAGGAUUUAUCGAGCCCUGGCUUAGAGUGUCAGCUUACUGCUCUAAUCCAAUCAGUGGUGCCCCUGCCUGAUGCUGACUGAGCCGUCUGCUAUCUAGGAUUUUAGAAAACGGAAGGCCAGGGAGCAGAGCAAUCUGGCACUGGGGCACAGACUUUAAUGUUAAACCAUUCUUGACACUUUAACCCCAAAAGGUGAGCCAGCACCAGGAAACUCCUAGCACCAUCACAACUUCAUUUCAUUAACGGUUUUAUAAUGGCCAAACUAGUCCUAUAACAUUUGAAAUUCUGUUGUCAACUAUGCACACUUCCCAAAUUGGGAGCAAUAAAGCUCUUUGUGACACGAACAUGUCCUCUUGCAUUAACAACAAUUGUUUCUUACUUUGUUACAUUUCUUUAGUGUAAUUGAGCCAUAUGGAAUUCAUUGGAUAUAUUUUUAGGAGACAUUUACUUACUGUGAAUCCAUUGAAACAGAGGAAUAUUGCUAGUGUACGUUGAAACUUACACAGCUGUGUUUUGAACGUUCAAGGAUUGUUUGCUUGAAAACCACUCGCCCAGUGAAGAAGAAAAAUGUUUUUGGUUAGGUUCAGGGUCAAAAAAGGAAGUUGGUAUUGACAAAUAUAGAAUAAAAUCCUAGAUGUUUUUAUGGAGCCUGGCACAAAACAAAGGUUUUUUUUUUUGUUUUUUUUGUUUUUCAUUUUCUUGAUUUAUUUUAAUAUUAUUUCUUUUGGAGACACUUCUCUUUUAUUACGUCAGAUAAGAUAAAGAUAAUAAAACCAAUGACAUAAAGGGGGUCGGAGCCAAGCAACCGAGCAGAGUGGCUGCACUGAGAGAGAGCUCCAGGCAUCUGAUAAUAACUAUACCCACUGGAGAGCCCAAAAAGUUAAAUUGGUGGACCCAAACACUUACCCGCUGUUCUAGCACCACUAUGGGCCGAAAAAACAAAAAAUUGAAACCAGACAAACCACGUUCAGGCCUGGAUAUUGGUGACACUGAACCUGCCACAGGACUCUCUGGCUUCCAUGGUAACCCGGGCAAAGGAACGGACACCUAAUCAGUGAAACCUGGCUACAGCACGACCCUUUGUCCUUCACCGGUCCACACAAGAACGGUCAGCGGUUGACUCCACCGGACUCUCCCUACAUAGGGACCGCCUCUCUCAAACUGUGGCUCACAUUGAUAUAGGUCAGCAGCCUACUUCUCUCAGGUUUCUCAGUUUCUUUGGACUUACUAUGGUUAUAUUUGUUGCCCAUACAAUACACACGACAACACCCAUCAUCCUCAGCUCGAACGGUAUUAAUGGCUGUCCCACACCCUCUCCUCCCCGCCUACUGACCACGCUAAACAUCAUACUACCCCAGCUAGCACCAUAUAUGCGUACAAUUGCUAUGACUACCUAUUUGUAUACUAUAGUGACCAGACACCACAGUUUUCACUCUGACACUCCCAAAUUACCUUGUAUCCCCUAGCAACUCAGAAAACAGGGAGGCCUCAGAUGCCCCUAACUAAAAGCGAAGCAUGUAUACCUCAACAGCAGAGUAUUAAUUAAACUUGCCCUACACAUACUAUGAGGCUAUGCAGCAAACUAAGCACCAGCGGGGUAUACCUAUCUCGCCCUUUUAUGUUAGCCUACAAGUCUGACACCAGCAUCACUCAAUGAGUCUUCCUCAUCUCUAGCCAGCCUCACUGAUGUUUGGCAGCCUGUAUUUAAUGUAUUUAAAGUUUUGGAAUUUUUGCCCGUGCAUGAAUAUUUUAUACUCAACUUUUGUUUCUUUAAAAUUUUUAAAAAAAAUGGUGCGUGUUUUCUGAUAUAUUUGCCUUGCAAUGUACGAUGCUGAUGUCUGCAUAAUCCGUCAACCUUUGCUUUAUUGAAAAUUACGCACCAAGAAAAUAAAGAAUUUAAAAAAACAAACAAACCAAUGACUUAAAAACACUAACGCGUUUCACCCAUAUUUGUUUUUUCAAAGUGUUUACACUUAGGUGUAAGAAAAAUAAUUGUGAUAUCCUGACAAAUAUCUAUAUGCAGUUUUACAAUGACCACUGCUUCACAAUCAAUCAUCCACAGCAUUUGGCGACGUAGCUACUUGUCUCUCAUUUUUAUAAAAGCUGUUUAUAUCAAUUGUAAAUAACACUGAUGGGUUAUCUUAGCACCCCAAAUAAGCAUCACUGAAAGUGUAGUUUGUUAGGAAUCCCAAAUCAGGCUGUCCAUCUUGAACAGGGACACCUAGGAGGUUUGCUAAAAUACACAGCAUCCUAAAGGGAUCACAUGCCAAAAAGCUUGUUUGACUGUGAGGAUGCUAUGUCUUCAGUUCAGCAUCUGACAUUUAAAUGAAUGAAUAGAUGUUGUCAUAAAUAAACCACUGCUGCCUCUUUUUAAAUGUUCCUGAUUCUGUCAUACAAACAUGUUUCACGUUCCCUAAGCUGUUAAGUGCUGCUACCAUCUAAGUCACAGCAGGACUUGGUAAAUUAAUUUAUUCCCUAACUUUGUGCUUCUGAAAUGAAGCAGAAUUUUACAAGGACCCCAUGUCGGGCAUAUAUAUAUAUAUAUAUAUAUAUAUAUAUAUAUAUAUAUCUCUAUCUAGGGGAAGAAAAACCUGAAUUCUCCUGAAACUCGUAUCGUAAGAUCCUUAACAGUACUUUUGUUUCAUAGAAAACCCAGAAGAAUCGUCUCUCUUGGGUUUCUGAUCAAUCCCCUCUAUAGUGCCCCAUGGUGAGAUUACCAAAAAGGCUUUCUUUUACCCUUUGUGCCAUUUCAACGAGAUUAUGCUGCACACAAAGCACCGGGGUGAGAAGGGCACCCCGUAAAAUAAAAGCGGUGAAUAAUAAGAAGAAUCUAUUGCAAGCUCAUCCUGUGAUUACUAAUACACAAUGCAUAGAGGCACUGGGGUAUCUGGGCUAAGCUCUGAAAUGUUUCCAUGUUCAAUGGAUUGCGCACACCUCAUUGAAAUUAAAGAUCAGCUUUAUUGUUUCAAUGUGCAGAGCCAAAUUUAAGGCAGUCCUUUUUAUUUUUAUCUUAUAGCUUCUAAAGAAUAUUAUUUUCAUACCUGAUACAUAUCCAGCAGCGACAGGCCAGCGCUGAGCAGAUGUCCUUUUGUCUUGCUAGAAGGUGCUUAAAUGGAAUGAAAGUUACAUUUAUAAGGGGCUUAACGGAUGGUAACCUUGAGCGAAGGAGAAUUGGGCUGAGGAUGAAGCAUGAGAAUCUCACGUUAUACUGAUGAGCACCCCCAAAUGCCCUUUUGUGUGCACUGUCAUUAUAACCCUUGUGAUCUAUUUAAUUAUUUUAUUCUAGGGUUAGUUUAUUGUUUGUAGCAUUGAUGUAUAUUCCAAGAUGCAAUCUGAUACAAGAUUAAAAGGUGGAUUAUAUGAGUGAAUUGGGCAUUAGUUUAUCUAAGUACACUGUGGCAUUGCGCAAAAAUAUGUUUUAAAACAUGUUUUAAUACCCUCCAAGUACCAUAAUAACUGCAUCAUACUGACGUUGUUAUGGUGUCAGGAGGUCCUUGGCGCCAGCUUACUUUAAACACUUUGCACACUACCUCCAAUGUGGUUGGCAUAUCCCUGUGUAGCGGAAAAGCCAAGCGAUUGUGCUUUUAAUGAGAUUGUGGCAUUUUAAUUUGGGUUGAAAUUAUUUUCCAACUGACCUAAAAUUUUCAGCUCCGGUAGAAAUGCUUUUUCAUUUCUAGUUCGGUGAAUAAACUAUCCAGUGUUUUUGUCCUUAACGUAGAGAUUGGCAACUCAUAGCAGAUAGGGAAUAAUAGGUCCUACAAUAACGUACAUGCCCAGUUUUGCCUAAAAGUCACUUUGAAUUCCUGACAUUUUCCGCAUACCUUCAUGAAUAACUCUAUAUUUGUUGACAUUCAACACUGUUGUUGCCAACUGUGUGAUUUCAGACCCCUUCUUUUAUGUUAUUUUUAAACCUACGUGUGAUAUUAUAAUUAUGUUCUUUUUUUGUUUUUAAUUGUAAUCUUAACUAAACUGUUUCAAUCUUACAGCAGAGAGAAAAGAGCAAGCGUCCCAAUCGGAAUCUUUCCAAGCAGCAUUGUGGGGUUCUAGGGAAGAGAGGAACAAUAUGGCGGACGGCGCUGGGACAGAAGCAGCAAAACUGGAUACAUCCGAUGAUCAGGUGCAAAUCCGAUUUAAUUUCGUCAACUAACAAUUUUCGUCAGAUUUAGUCGACUAAAAUUUUGGAGAUUUAGUCGACUAAAACUAAAAAGGCUUUUUAGUCAAAAGGCUAUAACUAAAACUAAAUUGAAAUUUGCUGUCAAAAUUAAUCUGGUGCGAAUGUGCCAGUACUUUUAUAUUCCAUGGGAAUAUUAUAAGCUCAGUUUAACCUCAUCCAGGUAGAACUACAGAAUCAGACAUUGUUGUAAUAUUAAAUGGCUGAUUGUGGAUUCGGUUAGCAGCCUCACUGUUAUGUGAAAUUAACUCUCGGCUCCAACCGGCUUAUAUUAUUUCGUUUGCAUGCUCCCUUCUCUAAAUUCUAGUUUUACAGAAAAAGAAAACCGUAGAACUAAAAAAUCGCGAGCAACCUAUAAAAAAGAAAAUCCUUGCGUUUUAUCUAUAUCUCUUUGAAUGUUCUUCAUAUCUAUAGCUGUGACCGUCCUAGUGGGGGUUUUCAUUUCUCAGUGAGUUGCAGUAAAUUAAGACAUUGGAGAAUGUAGUAGAAAUUGAAAUAAAUCCUAUUUUGUCCUCAAUUCUGAAACUCUCUUGUUAGGUAAAACCCCUCAAUGUUUAGGUGUUUGAGAUAUUUGGUUACUGAAUGGGAAUCUUGCUACAUGAGGCUCUGGUCUUACGGGCAUUGGGAGGAAGGAAUGGUUCUCAGGAAUUACUGAUUUAUUCCCUGUAAUAUCUCUUGCAUGCAAUUCUUUCCUGUAUUUCUCCUUUUACCAAAUGCCCAAAUUUAUUAAAUUUCAUUAAUUCAUGAAAUAUUAGUUAAUGUAUGAAAUAUUGGUUAAUGCGUGAAAUAUUAGUUAAUGCGUGAAAUAUUAGUUAAUGCGUUAAAUAUUGGUUAAUACAUGAAAUACUAGUUAAUGCAUGAAAUAUUGGUUAAUACAUGAAAUAUUACUUAAUGUAUGAAAUAUUGGUUAAUACAUCCUCUGCUCCUGCUGACCACAUGGAGUAAUGCUUUGUAAUGCCAGCUGUAUUUCUGUGUAUCCCAAAGCCUACUCUAUCUCGUUACAUUAUUGUUGGUCUUUCUCUUCCCAUUGGUUGUCGUACAGAUUGUGAUGGAUAAUGGAAUCAAAGUUGGCAGCACUUUCAGCAAUGACCUUAUGCAUCAUCACAAAGUCCAGGUGAGAUUCUAUGACAUUUUCAUUUUAUGUUAUUUUUUAUUGUAUAUUGCCUGCUUUCAUUACGAGCAUACUUUUCAAUAUGUACGUGGCUCAUCUAUUCUGAUGAGCCACGUACAUAAAACACUUAGACAGUUAUUUUAUAUCCCUGCUGUCUGUCUGAUUUACCUAAUCUUUUUUUUUUUUUAUCCUGCCUUUCCCCCUCCUUUUAUUCUCCUUCUCCUAUUCCCGUUCCCCUUUCAUCAGUAUGUAAAAAAAAAAAAUAAGUAUAGACUCCAUUUAAAUGUAGUUUUAACAAAACAGAGCAUUUACAGAAGUUGAAAAAAAAUAAAUGCAUGUCAAAGUCAUAGAAUAUACCUAUGUUCAUGUUUUGUCCCAUAAAUCUGCUCUUGGCUGGGAGCUGCCAUUAGUUUAUCCUCGUGCAGAUUUUCUGGUCCCUGACCAUUAUUUUUCUUCUUGUAUUGCGAAUUGUUGAAAGUACCAAGCAACCAAUCAGAACGCAGCUGAUUUCAAAUAGAAUGGUUAAAGAGUUUUUUUAUUUAAUUUUAUAUUAAAACACUGUUUUGAGUUGUAGUAAAAUUUUUGGCACAGUUGUCCCUCCCACCUGAUAACUCCCCCUCUCCCCCCAAACAAAACAAAUAAAUGUACACUUACCUGUGAUCUCACCCCACAGCCACUGCCUCUUUCCGGAGGGGGAGAAUGUACCGAUAGCCAAGCUGAUAGAAUUUCCUGAAAAAUGUUUGCUCCUCUUCCAAUAUGGCUGCUUGCAGUAGAUUCAGCUUUCCCGCUGGAAACUUCCCACAGUUCUUAUCUCAGGGUUCACUCUAACACAGUUCUAUCGCGGGGGGUGUGAUAUGUGUGAUGAAGACAGAUGCCCAAUGUGCACACAUUUAAAACUUUUUUCGAGCUGUCUAGUGACGUUGUACGUCCAUUUCUUAUUGAGACGCUGUACAUACAGACUCCAAGCACCAUGACUACUUUAAAUCACUAAAGUGAUGAUGGUGUUUGGUGUAACCCUUUAAAAUGCACAACGUCUUGCAACAUCAAACAGGCACAUCUCAAAACAUUUAGCUUCAUGUAUAAUCCUGUCUCAAUGUGCUAUUUCGUAGGAAAUAAAAUGCCUUUUAAAGCAACCGUGCCUUCAUUAUUCUGAAAGAGCAAUUGCCAUUUAAAUAGUAAUACUGCAUUGAAUCCAAAAUUUACAUCUGACCAAACUUAAUUACUAAAUUCAUUGUUAUAGCACUUAAAAACAACUUAUAGACAGGUAAAAACACCUAAAUAGAUGGUUAAUUACUCUGUUAAAGUUAAACAGAGAGACCUUAUUUAGACCACCAUAACCACUGUCUCACGGAAAAGAAUAGCCACCACCUUAGGCUAUUGUAGAAAAUAGUGUUGUGUGUAACUAAUGAACUUAAUCAAUAGAAGAAUCAUAAAUCUUUGUUUGAUUGUAUCUCUUUUUAUCUAUAUCAAGAUUGAUAAUUACGUGGAUCCUGUGGAUUUCGAGCUUGACAUGGAUGGCAUAGAUGGCAUUAGUAGAAAUAUUGGUAAGAUUUAAAUUUCUCUGAUUUCUGGUUAAAUAUUUUUAGGUUAAUCUGUCAGCCUCAAAUUAUGUGCAUUACAAAUUCACCCUUAUAUAUUUUACUUCUAUACUCUGUGCUGGAAGAAUUAAGUAACAGAAAAAGAUAAAAAGAUAGAAUUACCUAUAAACCUCUUUCACCAUGUCUGCUGGCAGUGGACUGCAUUUAUGUGCUCUAUGUUCUGAGCUCAAAAUACACAUGUAACUUCAAAUAGUUCUUUACACAGGGGUUCAUUCUAAGACAGUUCUUAUCAUGGGGGUUUAUUCUAAGAGUUGGGAGAUGAGACAUUGUGUUACUUGUAAGAGAAGCAGUAACUGCAUUUAUGGUUUUCUGCAGAACCCACAAUCACAGUCUUUAUCGCUAUGAUGAUAGCAAAACUUAAAUACAAGUAACAUUUUUAAAUAUACUGGAGGGAUUUGGCUAGAAUUCUGUAUAGAUGGUAUUGUAUUUUCAGAGUUAUUCACUAAACUGUUCAGAAUCUUAAAAUCUACAUUUAAAGAGCACCUGUAAUACCUAAUAUUGGAUUGUCACAUAUAUUGUGAAUAAAAUGGUAUCAACGUAUUGUCCUGGACACAUUUCUACUAAGUUAUCAUUAGUUAUCAUACUGUGUAUUUUUGAUAUCUUAAGUCUUUAAUAUUAACCCAUCAACAUGAGGUUUGGAAUGCAAUAAAAACACAAAUACGUAGAGCAUGGGGACAGCAACUGCAUCUACACUGCCACCAAGUGAUGCAGCAGCAGAAACUCAUAACUCCUACAGGGUUAUUCACUGAAGUCUAAAUGAACAGGGUAAACCUAUCCGGCUGGCCAUUUGUACUGAAAAAUCCAGACAUUGUUCACACUGUUUAACAAUUUCCUGAUUUCGCGUUACAGGCAAAUGAGUCAGAAUUUAGUCCUGCUUUCUACUGGACCAAUAACAGGAGAAUGGCUGAAAGCCAGAUCUGGAUUUAUUCAAUCUGGUCUGGGAUGCUUGAAUUCCAGUCUGCAUUUAAAAAAUCUGAACUAUUUAUCCACUGGUAGCACAAAUAAUUAUCCAUUAGUGAUGCCAGCUGCAACAUUAAAUUCCUUAAAAAAUAAAAUAAAAAAAACUUUUAAAAAACACUAAGUGGCCCAUUUUUAUCCCCUUUUAAUUUGUCUUAUUCGUUAUCCUGAAUAGUGUUUAGCUAACUAUUUAGGUGACCGAUCCACCUCAACUUUUUCCCACGCGCACCGGUUUCGACCCGCCUGUCCCCAAUCUCAAUCAUGAUGAUCUCAGCCAAUGCAAUGCUUUCCCAUAGAGUUCCAGCAUAGAGCGUGGAGAGGCUAUAGACACCAGAACCACUACACUAAGAUGUAGUUGUUCUGGUGACUAUAGUGUCUAUUUAACAAAAUCCAGACAAGCUUAUCUGCCAUGUUGCCGAAAUUUGGCCGUACUAUGAAAUUUUGUUAUUUUAUGACAAAGUGGCUCGGCUGAAACAAUUUUUUUUUUUUUUUUUGUCAUGCACAAGUUUAGUAAAUAUCAAAUUAUGGAUUUCUACAUUUAAUUAAGACCUUGCAAACACAUAUUUGUUAAAUAUAGAGGAUAGGUAAACAUAGUAUUAAAGUUUCCUUGUAAGAUGCCUAUACAUUAAAACACGUGCUUUAUCGAGGGAAAAGCUAAGGUUCAUCUCUCCGAGCAUAUGCUGUUAAAGUUUAGCUGUGUCGUGUCACAAUGUCGUCAGUUCAGCUUCCGAUUUGGAACUGGCAAACUAAUUAGCGAAUCAUGUCUAGCAUCAGAUGUCAAUACUUACUCCAUUAUCUUUCCCUCACUGCUGCUAUUGGCAGCGUGCAAAGCACUCCUGUUGCUCAUUAAUCACCUCCGCCAAGAAUGUAAUUAGCAGCUUAAUUAAGAUCAUCGUGGGUUUGUGAUACCAUAGUGCCUACAGUGAACAUCGGGGGCUGGAAACACUUUCCAAUAAUCCCCAGUCCGCUCCCCCAAGUAGAAUUCUCAAUGGGAUACAUAGGGGACUCUGUGUUUAAAGGACAAUUAAGGAUGAUAAAAUGCAUUCACUAAGCACUUAUGUAGAUAUAAAAAAAGUCUGGUUUCAAAUGUAAAUUAGAAAUACCUGAUGGUUUAUUCGCCAAACACUGAUUUGUGGAAAAAUGAAACCACAUUGCAGAAUUUAGGCAAAAUACCCUUGAUCUGUCUUUAAAAUUUCCCCAGUUCAGCGGGUUUUAUUUAGCGUAUAUUGCAAUUCGGUUUGCGGUUCAUUAUAAUUCAGUGUUUCAUGGAUAGACCCUUUAUCAAUUUCUAGUUCCUAAUGGGAUUCCUGGCUGCGUAACAUGACAUAUUCCUGUAGCAGUUUUAGCUAGGAUGGGGGGAUAUACAAUGAUCUUACCUAGCUUAAUAUUAGUUUAUUUCUUUUUGAAAUAUUAAAAAAGGAAAGCCAUGCUAGUUGUGAGUAUCUUAAUUAUUCCUGGUUCUUUAACCUCUCAUAGGUUCUAGGCCACCCAAACAUUAGUUAAAUCUAUAGUCUCGAUCUAUUUAUAUGAAUAAUUUAUAUUCUACAUAGACCACAUACACGAACCUUCACUGAUAGUUAUGGUAGGUGUCCUUUUUAUGAUGGCUUCCUGUUCCUUUAAACUAUGAUAGCUCAUGGUUAGAGUGAUGAAAACAGUAAAUAUUCAGGUCAUAAAAGCAGAAGAAGUUCUCUGUGUGAGCAAGGGAUCAAAUAUUUAGUAAGCCUGCAGGAAUUCGUACGGGGAGACGGGACGUGCUGCGCAUUUCUGCUCAGUGUUAUCUAGAUCAUCAUAAUUGAUCUGCAUAAUGAAUGAGCACCUAUUUAUUUAGCUGGUGUCUGCAUGUCUGUUUAUUUGGCAUCUGCAGUGCUUUUAACUGGGUUCCUCUGUGCCCUUCACCUAACGAAUGGAAUUGUUACAGCUUGUCUGCUUUUUCUGACGAUUAAAUUAUGUUCUAAGCCAAACCUUGUUUUGCAGUUGUAUGUAUUUUAUCAUAACUGUCACACAGUAUAUAUACAGUAAAUAUAUAGAGUUUCUGAUAUUUUCAAGUUUUCACUGAUUCUAGGAAUUUUUGGCCAGCUCAUCAGAUAGAUUUUAAUUGGCUGGUUUAUCAAUGUGGAUAUCAUCACGUCCAAUGGGAAACUGACUCUUCCAAAAACAGGGUUUCUUGGGAAAAGAUGACUUAAGUUUCAAGAAACCUCUCCUCCAUGAGAUGGCAAUCAAACUAACAUCACACUUUUAAAAACAUUUUUUUUUAAAUGUUUCAAUAUGGAUAUUUUUGUUUGUUAAACAUUCUGAAGCACUACAAACUUAAGAAAAAGUUGACAUUUCCAUGGCAGGGCCCAUAAAUAGGAUGAGAAGAUGAAUUACUUUGGGCAGGGGCAGUAAGUGUAAAGGACAGCUGAAGAAAAUAGUCGUCACCUGCGUUCUAGUCGUCACCUGCGUUCUAGCGCUGAGGCGGCAGCCUGAUCUUCAUCUGGUGGAGGAUGGACUGAGGGGAGACUUGCGGGGCAAUGGGGGGCAGUACCUCAUUGGUCGUCACCACAGAAUUUACAUUGUUCUGGGCUGGCUCUGGCAGCCAAAGGCUAAAUCUCUGCACAAACAGACUCCAAGCACCAUGGCCACUUCAAAUCACUGAAGCUGUCGUGGUGCUUGAAGUAAGCCUUUAAGUUAUCUGCCUUAGUGGGAUGGUGGAGAAGCCUGGGGGCACUGAUGAUGAUCUUAAAGGAAGCAGCAGAGCUAUGGUCCUACAUUACUCAGAUUCUUCCUUGUUGUCUCUGUCAUGCUCUUCUUUACGACAAGUGAGCGAGGUAUGUAACGUCAGAUCACAUCACCUGUUCUCUGCAACUGUGUCUACUGAGCGGAAUCAUGGAGGAAAGAGCAGUGGCACUUGGACGCAGCUCGACUGCAGUGCUGUCUUCUAGACCAUUAGCGAAAAGUAGGAUUUGGUGGGAUUCCUAGGACUUUUACUCUACAGUCCCUAUUAUUACCCCAAAUUGUUGGUGGUCACUAGAACAUUACCUUUGUGGGAUCCUGAAGACUGAUAGAUACUUCCUAAUUACCAACAAUCUCUCUCUGGUUGACUGUCUCUCUCGGUCUUUCUAAUCCAUGUUGUAAGGAAAAAAAGGCAUUUUGCUGGUGAAGUAUAUGCUUGAUUAAGCAUUGCCUGGCAGAGAGGAGCCUGCAGAUUAGACUAUUUAAUUUACUGUCACACAGGCUAAAUUUAGAGCAGAUCUCAUCUCAUUCUGACACGUUCCUCCCAGUAAAUAGCAGCUGAUUGCUCUCCUCUUUUUGCCUGUGACUUGGGAUAAUCUCAAACAUAUUUACAUUCUUUAAUAAGACUUUCUAAAAAAAAUCACUGCUAUUUACAGUCAAAUGACAAUAUUUAAAAUAGAACACAUAAUUUUUCUAAAAUAAAUCAAGGCAUUAAUAAUAAAGUAUACCGUUUUUGUUGGUCAGUCGAUAACCUUACAGAAAUGUCAAGUUUUUGGAAGCGCUACGGAAUCUGUUGGCACUAUAUAAAUGGCAAUAAUAAUAAUAAUAAUAAUAAUAAUAAUAAUUGGAAGGCUAAAGACUAAUUGAGCCACAGUUACCCAGAAAGGACAAUAUCCGCAUCUGCAAGGCUAUUCGCUAGAAUUUGAUAAGUGAAACUGUUCUGUUAAAGGAAAACUAUACACCAUUGAAUUAAAUGUUAAAAAUCACCUAUAACUUGUGUUAACCUAUCUUUCAUGAGAUGAUCAAUUAUGUUUAUAUUAAAUAUUUAGCAAAUUACAUCACAAUCCAGUUCAGAUAAGGCAACACCAGAACUGACAUUGCAAAUGAAGAGGCAAAAAAGAAAAAUGUUCCAUUUCUCUUUUCUAAAAAACUUCCUUUAUGUCGAAUGUCAAGUGCAGAGGAUAAACAGUGCUUAGAACAAUGAUUGACAGGAAGCUAAGAUGGAAGUUCCCAGUUGCAGGAUGAAGAGAUGUGGGCUUUCUACAUUUUAAUGUUAAUUUUUAUGCCUCACAAGCUCAUAUUUGUUAAAUAUAGGGAUAAGGAAAAUUUGUAAAAAUCAUGGUUCGUUAUAAUUCGCCUGUAACCACCUUUCCAGUGAUCCAUAUUUGUAGAUACACAAAGUGAUGAUGGUGCUUUAAUUUGGGGACACUAUAAAGAAGUCACUGCGAACUGUGGUACCCAGGAACCUGGGUUAGCAUCAUGUUAAAUGGAGUUCGCAAACCUCUGAAACACUAUAAAUUAUAACUGGUAUAAAUGUUUGUAGGCUACUAGGAUGAGAAUGAAAUAUCUUACAAUAUGCUACUUCUGCAGAAUUUUCAUCAAAGCAUUACUGGCAUGUUAAAGGAACACUCCAAAAACAUAAAGCACUUUAACUUGCUUUAACUACAUUUUCAUUUUAAAAAACGGUUCAUUUUAAAACGCACUGUCUCUGCUGGACAAUACAGUGCUGGAGCUUUUUAGAAGAUAGUUGAUGCUGAAAAUAAAAGAUGCUAUAUUCUGCCCUUUACAGGCUUAUUUCAGUUCAGAAUUUUUAAAUGGAGCUAUUAUCCGAAAAACAUUAAUCCGGCACUUUUUGGAAUGCCACAUAUCUGUCCUUCCUUAGUAGAACCGGUGUAAAAGAUUCAUUCAUUAAACUUCGAGUUGGAUGUGUAGCAAAAAACAUGUGGAUAAAAGUUUAACUCCUACAACAAUUUUGUUUUAAAAGAAAAUGUGCUACUUUUUGCUCAAUUCAAUGGAACUUAGCUAUUUGUGAGUAGACACCCCCAAUGGUUUCCAUUCAACCUCUGCAGACACGGUCAGGGAGGAGAGGCAGAGCUACAAAGACUCCAUGUUGACUAGUCUUUAGAAAGAUGUUCUAAAGGCAAUCGGUAAUGGAACAUCUGAGGUCUUUUACUCUGAGGAAUUUGUCUGACAAAGGGUUAACAAGACUUGAGAUAAUAACUAUCUAUUGUCCACAGAACUGUUCCCUGGAGAGGCAGAGGUAACUCGUUACUUUCCAUCCUUCUCAAGGAAUACCUGCUUGGAAUUUAAGAUGUCUGGUGAGAGCCAACAGAAUCCCACAAUACAUCAGGUACGGUAUGCAUGGGGGGUCCUGGUGUCCCGUUGGACGUGGCUGUGUUUGGAGUAUGCCCCACCAAUGAGUUCCAUUCAGAUAUGAUUGAAAUUGAUAUUUAACUUCCUGAAAGAGCAAUAUUCCGAGGCAGAGCUGGAUCUUUUGGGCAGCCUUGGUUUGUAUGUAAACAAUCAAAAACAGUUCGACACAGAACCAGAGUAUAGUGCCGAGUGAUGCAGCACCAUAACUACUACAGUAUUUAUGGUAUUAUGAUAUUAUCUGUAGUGGUAUUACUGCAUUAUUUUUUGUAAUUAAAACUUUAUAUAAUUGAAAUGUCACAAUGUCUCCCCAAAAGAAAUGCAUUAUUGAUAUAAUUAAAACUUUCCUACUAGGUUUUUUACUUCUCCCUAAGUCUUUUAAAACCUAUAAAAAUACAUAAAAACACAUUGAGGAAAUCUUUAUUUUAAGCAGAUCUUAUCACAGAGCGCUGCAGAAUAUUUUAGAACUUUAGAGUAUAAUGAGUGAAUUAUAAUGCAGUGCUUAGUUCUGUAUAAUCUUAAAUAAAAAAAAUCCAUUAAGUACUGCCCAUGGAAUUAUUAAACAGAAACGAGCAGGACAAAGAUUUCUGCUGGAAAGCCUCAAAUAUAUUUUAUUAGUAACCAUUUCAUUGCCAGGUGAUUUCUUUCUCAGCGCCAUGAUUAUCAGAGUGUUAAUGUUUUUUUCUGUGUAUGUAAGACUAAAGCAGAGCUGACACACAUUUUUGCACAAUUGGAUAGAGUGUUAGCUCUUUGUUAUACUAUUAUUUAAAAAAAAAAAAAAAAAUCUCACGCAGUCCAAUUUUAAUUAUUUGCACGCUGCACAUGUACUGCGCUACUGAAGGAAUUCCGGGGAGCGCAAGCCCUUUGUAGUAAUUUCUGUGUAGAUAUCAGAUUGUGCAUGAGCAUGACUAAGAACAUGGGACGGUUAAUCCCACUACAAAAUAGCGGUCCAGAGUAGGUAAAUAAAUACGAUUUAAAUUUUUUAUUUUUUUAAAUUUUUUUUAUUUACCUCAGCUUUAUUAUUUCCCCGAUAAAUGAUGCAAUAGUGUUUACUGAUUUUGGGGCACAAGCAACUGUCAAUUCCAGAGUAGUGACAGUUCUGCUUUCAAGUGUAUCCUUGGUUUGCCACACACAAUUUUAUCUCUUCAUCAGCAACUACCAGGGAGAGUGCAGAUAGAUGUGGCUAUGAGAAAUGUAGGUGCUAGACAUGUGUUGUAACUGCUGCAGUAUUUUAUGCAUCUCAUGCAAUGCAACAAUUCAGCUUUAUAUGAAUAAUAGUUCCCACAAUACUGGCUGAGAGUGCGGAGCAGGUUGAGGCCUUGUCAAAGUUUGUAUACAUUAAGGCAAAUGCAUUUACUUUGUCUGGGGUUGCCAGGACUCAACUUGUUUUAAGGUCACAUAAAAAAACAUAUACUGGGAUGUGAUUGUGUGUUUUUACUUGCUUGGGGGGUUGAGGAGAGGAGAGGAUGUGGUUUGUUAUCUGUUGUUUUGGAAAAAGGAAUCUGAGGUUUACAGGGGAGUUGGAAAAGAUGGGGGGGGGGAGGAAUUUGGAGCAAGAUGGAGGAGAAUUGGUGAAGACAGUUUAGGAUAGAGGAGGAUAGGGUGAGUUGUGGCAGGGUGGAAGAUAAUUGGUGGAGUUCAGGGCAGGGUGGAGGCGAAUAGUGGAAUUCAGGUCAGGGUGGAAGAGAAUAGGGGGAGUUCAAGGCAAUGUGGAGGAGAAUAAUGAGUCUCCAGAGCAGUGUUGAGGAGAAGAGGGGGAGUUCAUGGCAGGAUGGAGGACAGUAUGGUGAGUUCAGGGAAAUGUGGAGGAGAGUACAAGACAGGCUGGAGGGGAGUAUAGUGGAGGAGAGUAGGGUGAGAGUAUUGUGAGUUCAGGGUAGGGUGAGUUCAGUGCAGGGUGUAGGGGAGCAGGGUGUGUUCAGGGCAGGGUAGAGGAUGAUUGGGAGAGUUCAGGGUUGGGUAGAGGAGAAUAUGGGGAGCUCAGAGUGGAGGAGGGUGAAGUGAGUUCAGGGCAGGGUGGAACAGAAAUGCUUGAGCUCAGGUGAGGGUGGAGGACAGUAGGAUGUGUUCAGGAAGGGUAAAACAGGAGGUUGGUAUAGCGCCUAAACAGUCCUUAUCAGGGAGUAUAUAAUGAAAAGAAGAGAAAAAGAGCAGAAGAAAUUAAUAGUGUAGUAUGAAAAACUGAAGCUGGUAUAAAUAUGCUAAAAAAUGUGAACUCACACUUUUUUGGAGCUUUAAUGCAGCUCCAACCUGGUCGGAACGAUCCCCGCCUAAGGAUAAAAUGCAGUGCUGAUUCUUCUUUUGAUCGUAUUAGUGGGAGGUACCCUCAUAGAAAUAAAAAAGAUAAAAAGCAUAUUAUAGUGUAGUAUAUUCAGACUAUGGAGCAAGGGUAGGUAUAAAUAUAAAAUGUACACUCACAUGUAGUGGAACAGUAAAUAUGGCUCCAAAUCAGCGUAUGAAGUGGUAUGAUCCCCACUGCUAUUGUUUUAUCUAUUUAUUACCUUUUUAUUAGUUUUUAUGCUGAUUUGGUACCAUAUUUGCAACUCUACUACAUGUGAGUGUACAUUUUAUAUUUAUACCUACCCUUGCUCCAUGGUCAAAAUAUACUGCACUAUACUACGCUUUUUAUAUUUUUUAUUUCUAUGAGGAUACCUUCCACGAAAAAUAUCAAAAGAAGAAUCCGCACUGCACAUGAUCCUUACGUGGGGAUCGUUCCACCCAGGCGCAUAAGUUGGAGCUGCAUUGAAGCUUUAAAAAAGUGUGAGUGCACAUUUUUUAUCAUAUUUAUACCAACUUCAGUUUUACAUACUACACUGUUAGCUUCUUCUGCUCUUUUUCUCUUCUUCUCGUUAUAUACUCCCUGAUAAGGGCUGUUUAGGUGCUACACCAACCUCCUGUUUUACCCAGCUUUUAACCGGACAAGAAAGACUCCGUCCUUGGUGUUUGAGCUGCCUCUGGACUGUAAUCAUCUUCAGAAGCGCUGAACUAUAGUUGUGUGUUAUUUUCUGUGUUCAGGAAGGGUUGAUGGAUUAUAGAGGGAGUUCAGCACAAGAGAAGAGUUGGUGGGGAAGAAAACAGUUUUAAUGAACAGAAUGAGAGGAGAAGUGAGAGGAGAGUUUUGGGCAGGAUAAAGAACUCUCUCUCUCUAUAGCAUGCAUGGCAGGAUGGAAGAGAGAACAGAUUUCAGGCAGAAUGAGAGAAAAAUUAAUUCAGGGCAGGUUAGGCAAUCUAUCCAUGGUUGCAGAAAUGGAGCAGGGUGUUAUAUUGUCUCUUAUAAAAACAACAAGAAAGGUAGAACGCAUCAAAGGAGCAGAAUGGCUAAGGCUGGGCAGAGAGAAUGGGGAUUAGACUGUGUCGUCCUGCACACCCCAGCUUAGUACGAUUACUGAUUUAGAUAGAGGACAAUAGCAGGAGACCUAACAUCCUCUGUAUAGUCAUUAGGUGAAUUGCUCCAGGUUCUCUCUGCAGCAGUGAGAGGAACAUGUCACGGGGGUGUUUGUGCUGUAAAAAUAGAUUUGAUUUAUUGUGUCAUGGACAUAUUUUGCUUUUCUAUAAGCGUUUUCCAGUUAAGUUUAAAUCUCUCUGGGAAUUCAUCUGCAGCAUUUAAAUAGUCCCCGGGGAGAAAUGGAGGAUGUAGCAGCGACUUUAGUGUUCUGGAUGUUUUGAAACUCAGAAAUUGCUUUUCCUCCUGCCGAAUAAGUACAACGCCAGCUAUUUAUCCCAUGGGGCAAUUCAAAAGUAAUAAAUAUACACAGACAUUUGCUAAAUUAAUUCCUGUAACCUCUUUAAUAACAAGUCAAAUAACGUGUGAUGUGCCCAGGGUCUGUAAUGGGCUCUCACCAAACGGAAUGACAUCACUAGAUUCAGCUAUUAAGUGCUAGUGGGUGGAGAAUAUAUUGUAUUAAACCUUUAUAUUAAUCAUCAACUUUAAAAUAAAUAAAUAAAAAUGCUAUCCUUCAUAUGCCUAUAUGUAUGCCAUUGUCCUUUUCAAGCCUCAUAUGUUUCCCAGUGUUUCUUCUUUGCUUCUCUAACCCACCAAUUCCACAUGGUCCAUCUUGACCCCACAUGCCCUCCAUGUGAGAGUGGUUACCUUGUUUUUGUGUAUGUGUUUUCGUUGUUAUUGGGCAUUGACCUGAGUAGCUAUUUGAAUAUAUACACACUUACGUCCGAGGCUUAGGUUUUGACACAUUGCUCCCCGUUGAGGAUCCUAUAUAGUGUCUUUUUCUUUCUUUUUCUUUUCUUCAUACUGGUACCAGUUUAAAUCGGCAAAUUCUUGCCUACAUUUUUCAAAUCCAGCUACGCACUUGUUGGCACAACAUUUACUUUUAUAUACCCAUCUCUCAUAUUGUCUGUCUCUAUCCAGAGGUUCUAUAUAAACCCAUAUUUUGUCCACCUACAGUAUUUCAACAGGAGUAACUGUCGUUCUACUAAACUUUCCAAACUCUCUAUACUAGGGUGGCAUCCAAAGGAAAUUGCUGAGUUACUAGAUUUUUAAACUGCUCUACUCACAUUUAUUUUUGCCCAGGAACAAUGUUCUACCUCAAUGACCAAUUACUCCUAAGGAAGAGUUUUCACUGGCCCUGAUUUAGUUUAAUGAAGCCACUCAAGAGUUUUCAUGAAUUAAAAGAACACUCCAAGAUUGCUGAAGUGGCUAUGGUGCAAGGAGUGCCCUGGUGUCACCCUAUUAUAAGCAGUCUUACCUGGGGUACACUGGGUGCCACUGCCUGCCUGCAUGCAUCAGAAGAAUCAAUGGAAUUUACUGCUCAGGAGCUCACUGCUCUCUGGCGUUUGACUACUUACAGUGGGGUGAGGUGUGUGUGUGUGUGUGUGUGUGCCAGAGCACUCGUGGCACCGUAACCACUACAGUGAACACUAGUUGUUUUGGUAUUCCUUUCAGUUUGGGGUGUUUCAAUACCAUUGUCCUUCACUCCUUUUAAUAAGGCAGUAAAAAUGGAUGCAUUUAGAGCGGUUACGGGUAAUGUUGGCCACUCCAAUGUUUUUGGACCACAUUUCCCAAGUUGCUUUGCCUUCCUAAAGGCGAACCAUGGCACUCUACUCUACUAAAUAUCUCCUUCCCUUGUCCUUAACAAUAGAGACCUUUGAUGAAUAUCAAAGUAGUUUAAAUUCACAUUUAAGUGAUAGAAUGUCUGGAUCAGUAAGGGAUUGUCAUUUGAGCAAAUUAAGUUUUGAACAUUCUACGCAUGUCUUUUCUGCAUUUUCUAAGUUAUUCUAUUGUACAAGAUUUGUGCAUUCACUGUUAGAGUGGGCCCAUUCCUUUUUUUUUUUUUUUUUAAGGCAUUAUAUGGAUAAUAAUAUUAUAGCUUAAAAGUAUAUAACAAUAAUAUGAAUUUAUUUAACCAUAUAAGGCACAUUUAGCUUGAAUGAGUUUCCAAGUACGUCCUGGGGUCUUGAUGUGAUUAUUAACUGUUUAAUAGUCCUCAUUUUAUCUACUAUGGAAGGCUGAAAGACUCGGGUGACCUUGACGGGAAUUGAACAUGAGAUACUGAGUGAAGCUGGCUUCCCUAACCACUAAUCUACCUACUUUUAUAGAUUUUCUCCCUUUUGUCCUUAUCCUUUCUUGAUCAGUAUGCUUUUCCCAUUUAUGCAGUACCUAUCCUGUGACGAGACCAAUCUCGCCAUUGUGCAUUGGAGGAGCCUGGUUGGCCGCCUGCUGCCUUUAGACUAUGGCCCCAUGUUGAAACGCUUGAUUUUCCCCUGCAAAGUCAAGAAAGCCGGGUCAUUCGGUACUUGUCCUAUUUGAACAGUGAUACCCCAGUUAGCUAUGCCAUGGAGCCCAUUCGUAUAACGAAAGACUAUGUGAAAGACUUUGGCUCCAUGGCAAUUGAACUUUAUGUAUGUGAUCGGAGCGCCAUUCAGUAAUAAUGUGCGCCCAGAUCUAAGCUAUCUGGGGAUAUGUUGAAUGUACCUGUUUUAUGCAAUAGCUGCACAGUUAUAUAUUUUUAUGUAUUUUAUUGUCUUUUGCUACCAUGUGUUCAAUGGAGUUUUGCCUCUGUCCUUUGAGAUAAUUGGAUUACUUCCCAAUUAUCUCCAGGAUAGAAGACUCUGUGGAACUGUUUUUGGGCAGAAAAGCCAUGCUUCAUUUGGUGACAAAGGCAUUCGAUCUAACUUUUGACCCACUGGACCAAUUUGUAUGAUUUUGACAUAUGUUUGUAUUUGGAGUAUGCUGAUUCUGAAAAUGUGAAUGUGAUGUAUACUUUUAAAGUUAUGAAUAAUGUGGAAAAACUGUAUUUCUCUGCCUGUGAUAAUUACAUUAACCCAUUGUGUAAGGUAAUUGUAUCACAGGCAGAGGGGAGGAUUUUGUGUGGGAGUGUCUGAGUGUAUUGAACGUGUUUAUUGGUUGUUUUACAAAACCCUGUGGGUGGUACUAAUGUGUAUAUAAGAACAAUAAACCCACAGCUCUGUCUGUUCCUGCUUGACCCUCAAAACGGAGCCUUGUCUCGUUCUUGGGGGGAUUUAUUGUAUGCUGUUCCAGUUUGACUGCUAGGAGUGUAAACCUAUUCGUAUGUUUUUUUCUACUCGGCUGUUUAACGCAUUUGUAUGGUUCCGGUUCAGCUGUUUACGGCAUUCAUAUGGUUUCCUGUUCGGCAGUUUGGUGUCUUUGGUAGCUGCCUGUGUAUCUGGAAGGGGAAUAUCCUCUAAACGGCAUUUAACCCCUUUUAUGCCCGGGGUGCCGUUACAUAUCCUUUCUCUUUACUUCUUGUAUAUGUGAUGUUUCUUUUGAAUAUUGCUUAUGUCAUGACUGUAUUUAUUAAAUUAUUUAAACAGCAUGUGCGUAGGUAGAGGGUAACUGUGUAUGUGCAUAGACCUUCACCACUGAUAAACCACCCCAACCUAUUGUUUCCCAAAAUGAACCACAACAGACUUGCCUUGGAUUAAAAUAGACCAAAGCUUUAUUAAAAUAUAAAUGUAUAACUCUUUAAACUUUAACUUUAUAACAUAAAACACGAUAUACAUAGUUACUCAGUAAAUAGAUACGUCGCUAAGUACCUCCAUGCCAACCAAACAUAACUUAGGGCAGCUGCUCCUCCCCCUCGUUCCAACCAGCAUAAGGCCUUUUCUUGGGCCUUCCAUUUCGUAAUGCUAACCACUAGCCGCUUAUUGGCUCAGUGGGCACGUCCGUUAUCCAUAACUGUACCCACAACCCCCGACGGGUGACCAAAUGCCUGGUGGGCUCCGACCAUGUCAGCUGGGCGUCCACAUGCCCUCUGGGCAACCAAACUGUGACAGACAAAACACACAAACAUGAAACAAAUAAGGGGAGGGAGGGCGGGACGCUGUUCCCAACUGAUAAUUAAGAUGGCUGCUACCCUGCAAGAUGACAAUCUAUUUAUACUAGCCCACCCAUCUACCCCUUACUACUCCACCCCCAUCCCAAGACCACUUUACUACAUUCCUCUGUAUAUACUCCCCUCACAUUUACAUGUCCCUGUUCUGCCUAGGCCUUGCCUGGCUCCUCAGGGUCUAAACAAAUGCUGUCUCACAAUUUGGGACUGCCCUGCCAGAUUUGAGACAGUUGACAAGUAUGUCUAUGAAGAAGGACAAGACAGGGGACCUCGUUGCACCAUAACCUAUGCCAGGAAGUUGCUGUGGUGCUCUGAGUGUCCUACUAAACUGUCUCAUGUAUCACCUUUUAACACUCUGUUUUCUGUAUAUUUCAGCUGGUUCCAACCAGCAAAAUCUCAUCCAUUUUUUAUUCUUUCUCUUGUAGCCGUGCAAAGCUCAGCAGAUGAAGUGUUUCAAAAAGCAGAGGAGAAAGGUUCAUAAAUUUCGAGAGCACAUUUAUUGCAUUUCAGUCUGCAUAAUAAUAUCCAGCCGCCGAUACAAAUGGAUUUAUGCACUAUUUAUAAAUAGACAAUUUUCAUAUUGAGGCCAUUUGAUUUGCUCGAGUCCUUUUCCUUCUCGGGCUCUGAAUUGUUAUUAAGCAGGAGAGGCAUUCGUUUUAAUUAGUGACACUGCGCUAACGUUUUAAUAGUGAACACUUAAAUGUAUUUUGUUAAGAGCAGAUUAGCAUUUAGAUUCCUAUUACUGUGUUAUUCCCGUCUCUGGUGGCAGCCCAUUGUAAAAUGUCUUUGGAUUGAAGCUGGUAAAUGACAUGCUAGUUUCUGCUUUUCCUAUUGGGCUAAAAAUUCAGCAGGUUAAAAAUAUGAAGAGUUUGUCAUUGUAUGAUAUACUAUGACACUGGCAGGUUGUGAUGUGUAGCGAGGCACUUUGAUGGUGUAUGUUUCACAUGGGAGUAUGGGGACACUCUGUAGGUCUGAGCUAGGACCAAAAUGGUUGACACCCCAAGGACCUGUGCUAGGAAUCGGUCCUAGGAAUAACCACUCAUCAUGGGUGUCUGUCCUAGAAAUAACCGCUCACCAUGGGUGUCUGUCCUAGGAAUAACUGCUCACCAUGGGGGUUUGCACUGGGAAUAGCUGGUCACCAUGAAGGUCUGUGCUGGGAAUAGCAGGUCACCAUAUAAACCUGGACUGGAAGUAGCAGGGUACCAUAUAAACUUGUACUGGGAGCAGCAGGCCACCAUAUAGACCUGUACUUGGAGUAACAGGACACGAUAAGUUACUGUACGUAACAGGGCACCAUAUAUACCUGGACUGGGAGUAACAGGGCACCAUAUAUACCUGGACUGGGAGUAACAGGGCACCAUAUAUACCUGUACUGGGAGUAACAGGGCAUCAUAUAAACCUGGACUGGGAGUAGAAGUGCACCAUAUAAACCUUUACUGGUAGUAACAGGGCACCAUGUAUACCUGGACUGGGAGUAACAGGGCACCAUAUAAACUUGUACUGGGAGUAACAGGGCACCAUAUAUACCUGUUCUGGGAGUAACAGGGCACCAUUUAAACUUGGACUGGGAGUAACAGGGCACCAUAUAUACCUGUUCUGGGAGUAACAGGGCACCAUUUAAACUUGGACUGGGAGUAACAGAACACUAUAUGAACUUGUUCUGGGAGUAACAGGGCACGAUAUAUACAUGUACUGGGAGUAACAGGGCUCCAUAUAAACCUGGACUGGGAGUAACAGAACACCAUAUAAACCUGUACUGGGAGUAACAGGGCACCACAUAUACAUAGACUGGGAGUAACAGGGCACGAUAUAUACAUGUACUGGGAGUAACAGGGCUCCAUAUAAACCUGGACUGGGAGUAACAGAACACCAUAUAAACCUGUACUGGGAGUAACAGGGCACCACAUAUACAUAGACUGGGAGUAACAGGGCACCAUAUAAACCUGUACUAAGAGUAACAGGGCACGAUAUAAACCUGUACUGGAAGCAGCAGGGCACCAAAUAAACCUGCAAGGCACCUGAAGGUCUAUAUUUGCAGUAACAGGGCACCAUGAUCGGCUGUGCUGGGUUGAGCAGGGCACUAUGAUCGGCUGUGCUGGGUUGACCAAGUCACCAUGAUCGGCUGUGCUGGGUUGAGCUGGGCACCAUGAGGGUCUGUGCUGGGUUGAGCAGGGCACCAUGAUCAGCUCUCCUGGGUUGAUCAGGGAACCAUGAGGGUCUGUUCUGGGUUGAGCUGGGCACCAUGAGGGUCUGUGCUGGGUUGAGCAGGGCACCAUGAUCAGCUCUCCUGGGUUGAUCAGGGAACCAUGAGGGUCUGUUCUGGGUUGAGCAGGAAACCAUGAGGGUCUGUGCUGGGUCGAGCAGGGCACCAUGAUCAGCUCUCCUGGGUUGAUCAGGGAACCAUGAGGGUCUGUUCUGGGUUGAGCAGGAAAACAUGAGGGUCUGUGCUAGGUUGAGCAGGGCACCAUGAUUGGCUUUGCUGAGUUGAGCAUGUCACCAUGUGUCAUGUAUCCUUCGUCUCCAUGUUGCAAAAACGUAGAUUAUUACCUUCCCAAAAUCGAGGGCAGUGCCGCUCAGUGGUCUUCUGCCAUGAUGCCUGGCUUUUGCGGCAUGUCAGUGCACACCGCUGCGGACCCAAGCAAUUAUAUAGCCCCAUGUCUGUCCACGGUAAAGACGAUGUCGACAUGCGGUUGACGUUACGAGGUUAAGGGCCAGGUACAGCCAAUCGGAUCUGCAAGAGGGUUAUUUAAACUCACUUAUCCCUUAGCUCAUUGCCCUGUUGUGGUUUCUCUUAGAUGGUUAUCCAAACUUCUUUUCCUUGCUUCAUCUUGCCUUUGUCUCCACUAAUCUUUGCUACCCAUAACAAGUUUACAGAUAUUAAAAUAAAAGAUUUUUUCAGAUUUUUAUUGUUAGUAGACUGAGCAAUCCAUUUUAACUGAAUAAAAUACCCCGCCCCUCUUUCGGAUUGUAGGCUUUGCCACCUUUUGUACUUGUAACUCAAAUGUGUCUUCUUGAAUUAACAAUUAGGUAGUUAUGGUGCUUGGAGUGUGCCUUUAGAACACUCCAAAAAUGUCCAGUGCUAAAUUAGCCAACGUUGUUUUUGUAUUUAGCUAUCCGCCUCCAUAUAAAUGAACUCUUUGCUCUUCUCACCUGCAGACCGAUGAAGUCCAACCAUUUGCGCUGGAGGAGGGAUUUGAUUAUGACCAAGUGGCGCUGACUCCAAAAUUUUCUGACACUGAACUAGAAUUCCUCAAAAGAUCGAGAAAUCAACAGAUCACACUGGAUGGAGCCAUCGAACAGACUGGAAAUCACAUUUCUUGAUCGCUGCAGAAGAUAUAUAUGUAUUUUUAUAUUUAACUCAUGUUUACAAAUUUACUGAAAAGGAGUAUAAAAUGCACAGCUUCUGUUUUGGAGAGAGACUGCUAAAAACUGAUUAAAUGAAAUUAACAACAUUAAAUUGAUUGAGAGAUUUUCACCAUAUGGCGGUUAUGUAACUUAAUUAGUAACCGGCUUGUCUUCGGUUUGCUACGUUUAGAAACCACUCCUGAUUCCGAGUGGCAGGUAAAUAAUCUCUUAUUACUGUUCUUUAUAGUUGACACUCAGGAGUUAUGUCUGUUCUAAGCUCUUCAGAGAAGUUGUAUCAAUAAGUAAAUGUGUCGUCAUUUUCUGUUUUAAAAAGACCUCUCUCUUGUUUAGAACUAAUAAAUGUUGGGAUUUAUUCACUUAACUGGGAAUUUCACAGAACUGAUAAAAGUAUUGCAACUUAUCUCAAAAUAUCCAAAGAGUGAAACUCGUAACUCCACUAAAACUGGAAAUGUAUUUGCCAAUUCUCCAUAACUCCCAAUAUAAGGUGCAUCAAAUAUUAAUUGUAUUAAGACCUCUCUCCACUCGUAACUGGAGCAUUAGUUUAGCAACAGUUGUUCCUACUGGAGAGACAUCUCUCCAGAUUCAUCAUGCCUCUAUACAAAGCUUAAUAUGUGCAUGCAUGUAUAGUUCUUUUGUGUGUGUAUCAUUCACAGCUGCUAAUUCACAUCUACGAAGUGUGUUCAUUUUUUUUUUUUUUUUUUUUUCAUAUAGGGGCAUGUUGAUUUAAGAAAGUGGGGAAUUUAUAUUAAAAUAAAAACCCAGUAAGUUUAUUACAGAAAAAAAAAAAAUAUUUUUUAUUUUAUAUAUCACCCAUGACCACAAAGUGCCAGAAUUCAUUGAGUGGAGCAUCGUACAGAAACAUACAUCUCUGCGUGACGGCAUGCUGCCCAAUGCUUGCUUUUUGCAAUAGAAAAAGUGCAAAUACACUUUAUCCUAUGGCUCCAUGGAAACCAGCUAAGAGGAAAUAUGAUACAGCUGUAUUUAAAUAAACGUAGAUACUCACAUUGGUCUCUUGUUUUCUGCCAAGCCAUUUCAAGCAGAGUUAGCCCAGUGUUCGCAGUCUAUCAUUACCCCCCAAGCUCGAUGGCUGUGAGUAUAUUAUACAGAAGUCAUACUUCUACAUUAUUGGAGGCUUUGUGUGGCAGGAGAGCCCCAGGCGUGAAAAGAAACUUAUAGAAAAUAGAGAGACAACGGUCUAAGAGUCAACCAAGUUGUAGUGGUUAUGGUGAUUACAGUGUCCUUUCAACAUGGCUAAAAACCUGAAUUCCUAUGCUACUAACCAGGAAUUAAAAGUUACUUGCUACUGCAUAACAUGGCACAGACAUCAGAUAAUGCAUUCACUCUGUGGUCUUUCUGUGUAUCUGUGAAUUUAUAUAGUAUGUAAACAGAGCAAGCUUUAAAUGAUUCUUUUCCUGUUAGACUUUAUUUUCAUGAGAAUCUUGAAACUGAAAAAAUAGUUUUGCAAGUCCCAACCAUGUUUUUCUGUAUCCGAUCAGUUUGUAGUAAUUUUCCCGAUUCCUAAGAAAGAUGGUCAUCUUAUUUAACAGUCAGUUUUUCAACAGUCAUUCUCCUGGAAGUCUUUGUGAAUUGUAAUUUAACCAGCUGUCACUAGAUUUUGAUGCUCAGGGGGACUUAGUCUUCAUGAGGUCUCAUCCGAUCAGAUAAACAAACCACUGAGAUGAGUUCUUGAUAAGAAGGGUAUUCCCACCGCAGGUGUCUUUGUGGUGGUGACGUGACAGUUGAUACAGGUGGGUAAACCAAACUGAAUGUCAGGAUUGCUCUUUUUUGGAGUCUGUCUUCUCCUUUUGAUUAUUGGGUUGUGUAACCUCCUAUGCCAGGUCAAGGAAUUGCUGCAGGUGUUAACAAGAAAAAGGUAGGUUCAUGAAAACAUCUUUGAGCUUUACUAAAGUUGAGGUUUGAAACAAGUGCACUUUGGUUAACUUAUGUUCUCAAGACCGUUUGAGAUGUAGUCUAUCAUCGUACCAGCUGUGUGUGAUACCUCAUCAAAGAACAUUGAAGUCAUUAUCGAAUCGACUAAUGACACUUUGUAACAAAUUAUAUAUUGUCUAUUAAUCAAACCAUAAUCUUUACAAUGUAUAUACAUUUAAACACACAGAAAACAUUUAAACCGGGCACUGAAGGCUCCAGAACAUCGUUACGAAACUGAUAUGUACAUAAAUGUUUUACCAAAAAAAAAAUUAAGAAUUAAGAAAAUUCCAACCCUAUUAAAUGUUCCU